AUGGGGAAAGGCGAGGUCGUCGCAGCCAUCUUCAUCUGCUCCGGUGGAUUCGCACUGGUCCUAACUCUGGCUUAUUACUGCUUGAAAGAAAGACGCAACGAUCGGCGGUCCACGAAUGCCACUCCACCCGGGCAAGAAAACGAGGCAGACCAGCUACGCAAUCUGCCCGGCAGGAACACAGCCGGAGCAAGCGAUGUCCGGCCAGCAAACCCGCCUGCACACCCGCCUACACCCCCGCCAGCACUUCCGCCAGCACAGGAGCCAGCACAAGAGCCUGCACAACCGACUACACCGCCGACUGAACAACCGCCGCCAUACACGCCUCCCGCUGGUCAAGAAGAAGCUCUUGGCUCGCCAACGAUCGUCCAGACGGGUGCCCACAACGUGAACCACGUUCAGAACGUCAACGUCCGGCGCGGACCUGUUCAUCUGCAGACAGCUGUUGCCGGCAACGCCAACGAUGAGGGAAACACCCACGCUAGGCUGGCGGAACUGUCACUGCUACCAUCGGUCGCACAUCUUCCGCUGCCUCCUUACAGCCGAUACGAUCCGCGAGCGUCUCCGCAUGGGUACACGGACGUUAUUGCCGCUGCCUCGAGUGGGGGACUGAAUGAAGACGAUGAUCUUACUCGCCAGACUGGUCUUCAUUGCUCGCCAGCUUUUCGUCAGUGCUCGAGGACGGCCGGCGAUGCUAGUCCCACUGCCUCGACCGACGGAGUGUAUGGAGACGAGGAUCGCUUUACUCGCCAAGAGUCGGCGGCGCCAGGCUUGCGGCGCUCGCCAGCGAUUCGACGGUCUUCGAGGACCGUUAGCCAGACUGAAACUCUGAACCAAGGAACGAGCAGCGCCGGCGAGCGAUUGCCUUGGGCGCACGAUACUGCCGGCAUUGGUGCCCUGGCCGAAGCAACGGACGAUGAUGAGGACCAAUUGAACAGCCCAGAUUCAGCGGCGUCAGCUUCGCGUCAGUUCGCAAGGUUGGACCAGGCUAUCGGAGCAAACCAGGCUCUCGUCCCAGAUAGCUGGGCGGAGAGGCGGUGA